AUGGAAAAUAAUGACACCAACAACAACGGUUACAACGCUCCGGGAACUGGCUUGCGUGCUGUCGAUCGCUACGGUUAUGGCCAAUAUCCCAUCAGGUACGACGUGGUCUUCAACAAUCUUUAUGCUUCCGGCGUCAAAAACCUUAGCCUCUACUCCACCGGCGGUGACACGAACUUGGGAAACCCAGGAUACCCUAAAUUUUACGCCAGCUACGAUCUUGCAGCUAUGAUUGUUGAGGAUGGCACUGUCACCUGUGAGAAAUGUUCCGAAGCUAGAUUGCAAGGUCAAUUUUUCAAGGUAUUACUGAACUACUACUCUGCACGAUCUGUCAAAUCAGAUUCAACCACCUUCAUGAACGACCCGAUACUCAGA